UAUUUUACCGUGCUCAUGGGAGCGUACUCGAUUAUAUCAGUGGUUCAUCAUGUCUCGAAACCAGCGUAAUGGAUUCUGUAGAAAGUUUUUUGCAAUAGAUGUACAUCGCUUGAUAGUCUCACGAGAAAUACCGAGCCUGACAGUUUUCAACCAUGUCUGAUCAAACAGAUAUUCACCUGGCCAUGCCAGAGGACGUCCUUACAAUUCACCAACUCAUCCUCGACCUAGCCUCCCACCAACCCUCCCUCCACAAAGUCACCGCAACCCCUGACUCUCUCCUAAAAACCCCCUCCUUCCUCAACGACCCCCAAACUCGGCGGCGCCUACAUAGCCCUUAUUGCACCCUCAGCAACCCCCGAGACUCCCUACUCAGGCCCCGUCGGCAUGGCCCUCUUCCACCUCGAGCAGCCUUACGUAUAGUCUAGUGUCUGGGGUGGCAGGUAUGAGUUUAAGUUGUUGAAGUAUUUGGCGACGAAGUUGUUGAGAUUGGUGGGGAGAGGCUGGAGUGGAGUGCGCUGA